AUGCCUUCCAUUGCAAGCUUUUUGUUUCGCUCAGCUCCAGCAGUCUCAAGUGACAGUAGCGGUUCCCAUAUCACCAAUGCCCCCGCCAUCCCCAGCACGAGUAUCGGACCUGCAGGUGAAUAUCUCCAAGAUGAGCUGCUCAAAAUGUAUUGGCAAGGCGUUGAACGCGAACUUCCCUAUUUGUUACUUACCUUCCAUCGCUGGCAAACACGCAAAGAUUCGUCGGAGUUCCUCCCCGAAGAAGAGGAUGACCAUAUUCAUGGUUAUGAUACUUUCAUCGAUCAAGUCAACGACGUCUCGCGCCAAUUCCACGAGCGCAACAAGAGAAAUCAGCGAUCAAAACGACCAGAAAAGCCGACCAAGAAGGAAAAAAAGGACUCUGCAGACCCUCCCUCGUACGAUGAGGUCUUGCGAGGUCGUGGCUGGGAUAUCUUUGCCGACAUGAAAAGCCAGAGCAUCAAGGGCGCUGUCAGAACCUCGCUUAGUGAGCGCAAAUUACUGGACCCAGCGAGACGCAGAGCACGCAUGCUUCUACAGUCAGCACAGUUCCUCGACAUCGACAAAAUAAUCGAGCAUCGAGAACCUGAAGAAGCACUCUCCUUUUGGAAAAGGCCCGCUUCGGCUCAGAUAAAAGUGUCGUGUUAUGAUGACCUUGAUCAGCCCGUGUUUGUUCCACAGCAUUGCUCCGAGUGUAGGUCAACUAUUCGGGGCUGCACUUUCCAAGACACCACCAACGAAAGCAUCGUCAUUUGUGAAGGAUGUUAUCGAGCGAGGUAUUAUGGUAUGACUCGCUUCGUGAAGAAGUACAAGCAGUGCUGCCUACCAGAUGCCCUGACGCCAGAAAUAAGCCGCAAGCUUUGCUACUGUUCGUCUGUUCGUAGACGCGAUAAAGACGGGCGUUCUCGAUCAUUGUGGCCUAUUGAUCCUGAGCUUGACGCCGGGAACCAUAUCAAAGGUGGUGCUGGUCGUGUUGGCUGCGGUCUGUAUACAGUCGCUGAUCUCUACGCGGAGGCAAAGUUCACGAGUACGCGUUCCAAAUUGGCAAAGCAUGACAGUCUACUUCAUUUGAGGAAAAGGGAUCCCAACGGUGGAGAGAUACAAAAGCCCUCGGGUGUAUCCAGGAAGCAGCCAAGUAGGCUCAAACAUCUUAAUGAGACCUCUCUCCCCGAGUACGGCUACUCAUAUGGGUUUAGUACUGAAGCGCCGGAGGAUAUUCCACCUUACUUACGUUCGACAAUUGAGAAAUAUCCUUAUGGGAAUGUACACAUGGCUCUACGUUUGGGGCCUCUUAUUAUCGAAAAUGGCGUUGCAAAUACAAUGGGAGGUGUACUCAUCACCAAUCGAGAUCCUCCUUCCUUGCAGAUCAUGCGCGAUCCUCCAGAGGACAUCACCAACUGUCUACUCCUCACCGGCGGGACAGAUCGCAAGCUCUAUUCCCAAGACCGACCACGACAGCCGAAGCGGUACAAAGCCUUUAUGAAGCAGGUCGUAGGCGGCGCCUUCUGUGACUUUUUCGAGUCCGGUGUCGAAGACGAGCUCAUUGAUGCGUUCAUGCAUGAGAGCAGCUGUCUGGUAGAAGAUGGGAUGACUUUUGCCGAGCAAGAGACACUGCUUGAACAAAGCACCAAGCGUCUCCUUCUACAUGUCAAAGAGUACCUCGCAUCGAGAGUCCAGGCAUACAUAUCGAGUAUCACCGCUCGUCUGCUUGAUCCAGAGGUUCAACUCCGUUGGCACUAUCGCGGGAAUAAUUGCCAGGCAUUCUGCGACAAAUUAAUCGAUCGAGACCUCUUUGGGCCUCUCUUCGCUUCCCCGACAAUGCAUGGCCAACCAAGGCCACUUUACUUGAUGAGUUUUGUAUGUCGACCAGGGUCAAACGUCCCAACGCGUGCAUUCUCCAAAUACGACGUCCCAAAUGGCCUUACAGAGGAAUACCUAUUCAAAUUCCGUUAUGGGCGUCACGACGACUCUGACAUUAUCGAUACGCUCGCUGAGUACUGGACUGAUUGGGGUGCCUUUGAGGGACCCAUCUAUCCAAGCCAGGAUGUCUUCCCAUGGGACUGCACGGAAGCAUAUGAUCGCUAUCCUGGGAACUGUGGAGAUUGCAACAUCUCCAAGCAUGUUCUCGCAUUCCCGUUUGACUCUUGGUCUAUAUCUUCCCUACAUCUAGCCCGAGGAAGGCAAUUGUAUCCUCCCAUGGCAAAGCCCAGCACCGAAAAGUCAGAAGAGAAGAAACAGCACACAGGUCUCAUGACCGACGCCGACUGGUUCAAGAACCGUACAACCAUUCUCCUCGGUCAAGACGCUCUCUUGACAGCUGCUGUCGCAAUGGCAAACUGUAGUCAACUCCAGGCGUCCACGACGUGGAUCCACAACCACGAAGACGAGACCAUGGACAGACUAAAGCUCGGAGGCAUCCACCGCGCACAACCCUUCAGCCACCACUUCGAGAAAGGCGCCUAUCAUCAGUACUUCGUCGCCGACUGGGCUUUUCUCGCACAACCGCUGCGAGUCGUCGAGUAUGAGAAGCUGAGAGACUGGCGAGCGACAAAAGCAGACGUUGGCGUAGCAAAGACAGAUGAUGGCGGCGGCGGCGGUGGAGGCUGCGGUGGAGGCUUCUUCUCUUGCGGUGCUGUGGCAGCCGGGUGUGCAGCGGGGAGUCCGGGCAUGGCUGGUGAUACCUGUGGGAGUAAUUGUGUGUCGAGCUGUUCGGCGGGAGGAGAUGGGGAUGGAGGUGACGGGGGAUGUGGAGGGUGCGGUGGGUGA